AUGCUUCAUAUCUUGCCAGGUGAAGAGAAGCAGGAGAAAACCGCGAGUGCGAAUGUCGAGGGCAGAAGCACAUUUCAAAAAGCUAAGUUUGCAAAGCUGAAGAAGAAUGCCGGGAAAGCACACUCAUGGAACACGUUGUUUCUGGGGGCGAAUGCAGUUGCUGAAACUUUGGCCGAAAAAUUGGAUGUUGUGAAGAGUGAUCUGCUGCUCGGUGUGAGCGAAACGAGUGCUGGAGUACGUCUUGCUUUGGCCGAAACACGUCUGGUGCGUGAAACUCGGGAUUUCUUGCUGGCAAACGGUGUAUGUUUGGAUGCAUUUUCACGGCCAGCAGUCAAAAGAAGCGACACCGUUAUUAUUGCUAAAAAUCUACCCGGCUGUGUGAGUGCGAUCGUUGAAAUGGAGAAUACAGUGGACGCCAAGAAGGCAUUCGAUUCGCUUGCGUAUGCAAAGCUUCGUACACAGCCAUUGUAUCUCGAAUGGGCACCCUGUGACGUUUUCAUUACAGAAGAGACCAGCGCAAAAGAGACGGAAGUGCAGAAUGAGGAACAACAAACAACAUCUCAGGUUGAGAAGACCGAAGACAAGAGAGAACUAAGAAGAAGCAAGAAGCAUCGUUUGAAGAAGGAGCAGCCGGCUGAAUCGCAACAAAAUGAUGGAAAAUCGGAGGAU